AUGUCCUCAGAUAAGCUCCCCGAGGCAGCGCCGCGCAACCCACACGGCGACUUCAAAGCCGUCGAGGCCGCGCGCCCCGACUUUGACUCCUCGGCCUCCUUCCACUACACCAAGACGCCGGCGCCCGCCUGGCAGUACGGCGACGGCGCCAACACGUCCUCGUCGGCCUCGCACGUUGCCAUCGACCCGCACGCCGCCGGCCGCCCCGCCGGCUUCAACUACAAGUUCCUCAUCUCGGCCAUCACGCCGCGGCCCAUCGCCUUCCUGUCGACGCGGGCCCGUGACGGCAGCGAGAACCUCGCGCCCUUCAGCUACUUCAACAUGAUCAACCACGACCCGCCGCUCUUCAGCGUCGGCUUCUCCAGCGGCCUCGCGGCGCCCAAGGACUCGCUGCGCAACCUCGUCGAGACGGAGCGCGUCGUCCUCAACAUCAUCUCCGAGCCCUUCCUCGAGGCCGCCAACGCCACCUCCAUCAACGCCCCGCACGGCGUCUCCGAGUGGCACGUCGCCGGCCUGACGCCCCUGCGCGACACGGACAACGGCGUCGCCCGCGUCGGCGAGGCCGUCGUCGCCAUCGAGGGCACCCUCGUCUUCACCAAGGAGUGGGCCAGCAGGGCCACGCCCGGCACCACGUCGGGCACCCUCGCCGUCAUCGAGGGCACCAAGUUCUGGGCCCGCGCCGACGCCGUCAACGAGGACCGGAACCUCGUCGACGCCGACGUCCUGCGGUCCGUGGGCCGCCUCGGCGGCAUCACCUACAGCCGCACGCUGGCGGCGAUCGAGCUGACGAGGCCCGACUUUGACAAGACGCUGGGGCGGGAGGGCUAUGCGAAGCUCAAGGCCGAGGGCGAGGGGCAGUGA